UUUUUUAGGGAGUGGACCGAGGCUGUUGGAACUCCAUUUCCCGGCAGCAAGUGCGGCGUCAGGUGGUACAACUUUCCUUUUCCACGGUAUCUGUAGUUUCCUGACCACACCAGAUUGUUAUUUUUGCGGAAACUUUUUAUUUUUAUUUUUUAAAUAUGGACUAACUCAUUCAGAGCAUAUAUUCACAGGCUGAGUAAACAAGAUAACAUUUUUCAACUGAAAGGACAUGUUGUUUAAUUUGUCAGUAUUUCACUGGAAGUUUCCAGUCAUGCUCCACAGUGAGUAUAACAUCUGUCUAAACUGAGAAAAAUCAAGAUUAUUGAACCCAGAGCCUGCCAAGCAGAGGACUCAUGGCUGCAUCACCUGUGCAAGGUGACUGGAAACAACCUCGAACACCCUCCAGAGAGGGGAACCCAUUGUCACCAGAGUCUUCUUUGACCUGGUGCUUGGCUCACCUCUCCAAACCCGGAUCAGGGGCUGAACAUCAUGGGCAUGGCAAGGCUGACUCAGGUGGUGGCAGAGAAAUCGACAAGAGGUCCAGGGUCUCUCAGUGGCGAGCCCUGGUUGCCAUCCGGACGCAGCACAUCAAGGGUGACAAGGCUGGCAUUACCAGAUUCAGAACUCAGGGUGGUCUCCGACCCCUGCUGGACCUGCUCAAACACCCGGAGUGCUCCAGGAAAACCCUGGACCUGGCUCUGAGCAUCCUGGCAAACUGCUGCACUGAGCUGGAGACACGCGUAGAGGUUCGUAAGCUUGAUGGAAUAAAUAUUGUAGUGGAGAUCCUGAAGGAAAAUGUGGCCCUGGAGACUGUCCAGAACCGAGCAGCCCGAGCUUUGGGAAACUUGGCCAUGGAUCCGGAGAGCUCUGCACUCAUCCACUCUGCUGGUGGUGUUCCUCUGCUCCUCCUGUGCGUGUCUCUUUCUUCUGGCCCAUCCUCCCCCACGGCUGCUCCCCUCAAAGAGCCCUGUCCCAAACUGGAGUGUGCUCAGUCGGCCGCCCGUGCUCUCCUCUACCUCUCAGAUACGCCCUCUAACCGCCUGUUGCUGCUCACCCAGGGGACCUUAACUUCUCUUGCCCCGCUCAUUGCUCCAGAAUAUCCCCAGGCCCUGAGGCGGGCGGCGCUCAGGACACUCCAUGAGCUGACCCGGGGCUGCGGUAUUGAAUGUGCCAGGGAGGUGUCCCGUUCUGGAGUCCUCACUCAGCUCGGCGUCAUGGCAUCGGAGGAGUCUGGUAAACCUUUUGAGGAGCUGGCACUGAAAACCCUGGCCAACUUGUGCUCCCAGGGCUGUCUGCGCCCCCUCGUGGGGUCACUGGGGGUCAUCCAGAAGUUCACUGAGGAGGUCAAGAAGGACCCACUAAAAUCUGGGGUCUUCCUAAAGGCUCUGUGCUUGUGCUGCAAGGAGGCGGUUAACCGGGCGAAGGUGAAGGAAAGCGGUGGGUUGGAGGUGCUUAUUGGCUUUCUGGCUGCCCAUCAGAGUCACCCCCUCUCCCGACUAGCCAUCCUGGCCUGUGUAGACUUUGUUUUCGAUGAAUCUGCCAUGGAACAGCUGCAGGAGUUGGGGCUGGUCCCUCUGCUUGUUGCACGACUGGUUGAGCUUACGAGAGGCGAGGAGCAGUCUGCUGAGAAGAUGGAUGUGAGCUUAUCCUCCAACAUGUCUCCCACUGAGCUCCUGCCCUCGUCUUGUUUUGAGUCCUUUGACUUUCCUCCUCCACCUGAGGGCUGCAAGAAGGAGGAAGCUGGAAAGGAGCAAGGUCUAUGUUCAUCAAGCUUUUUAAGUCUCAGGUCUUGGUUGGUGUCGGAGGGUUUGAUCUCUUCAGAAGGGGACCUGCUGGAUUCCUCUGGUGUUGAAGGGGAAUGGGGAAGUCUUCAGAUCCCUCCAUCUUCAUCCCCUCAGACCUCCUCCCCAAACCCAGAACCCUUUUCCUCCCCAAAAAACUCUUCUCCAUGUAACCCUUCUGCCUCGUCUACUUCGAAAAAAGCUGCUCAGCCUUCCCCUAUGUCCUCUUCGGGCCAGCUACAACUCUCAUCCUCAUGUAAAAACACUGAUCCACCUCCCUCUAGUCCUGAGCCUUCCAGUGCACUCACACCCCAAACCCAGACCAGUUCAUCCACGAUCUCUUCUCCCACUAAAACAACACAAAUGCCAGUCUCGCCGUCAAAGUUCUCCUCCCCUCACAGAAGGAGGCAGCGUGCUCAUUCAGCAGCGUGUUUGACUAAAGUCACCCUUGAUACACCUCCCUCUGUGCCCCGCACGAUGGCUUACCACCACCCCUACCACCCUGAGCCCUGGACGCCAGAGUCGCCCAUCCUGCUGCUGCUGUCCCGCUUCUCCCACGCCACCGACCCAAGUGCUGCUCUGAUCAGCUCAAGUGUCAUGUCUGGCUUGCUCUACUACCUCACCCAGCACCAGGACCCCAGCAGCAGGUGCUUCCGAAUGCUUUGCCGGCUGAGCUGCAACCCAAACUGUUUGCAGGCGCUGGUCCGGACCGGCUCGGUCGCACUGAUUCGUCACCAUCUCUGCCACAGAGGGGAAGAGUUUGAGGGAGAGGAGAGGCAGACGGACCGAGUAAAAGCCAAAGUUAAACAACUUGGUUUUGCUCUUCUUAAUAAUCUGCGUGUCCAGUGUGAGUCUGGUUUUGGCUCUGGGGUUGUUGCCCAUGUGAUGCUGUCAGGCUCUGAGUCCGACAAGAUGAACUGUGCACUGUCCCUGCCAUUGAUCAGCAGCAACAAGUCCCUGUUGAAGAAACUUCUUCUGGACAGCGGCGGGCUGCUCUUGGCUCUGCAGCCUCUUGGUUGUGAUGACGAUAAUGUGGAUGAAGGCAACCCCUCUGAAUGUGGGAAGUUACUUUCUGACUGGUUUAAUUCGCCGCGGUCAGGCCUGACGUCUCAGCUCCACUCGCUGUUCUCCUCCCUGCUGAUUGGAUGCCUUUCUUCCCUGACGAGUGGCAUCAAAAUGGAGUAUGACAAAAAACGUCUAAAUCCAGUAACAACACAGUCAGUCAGUAAAUACGAUGAAGCUUCACCCCCUCCAUCAAAAAGACCUCGCCUGGCUGAAACCUGUCCCUAUGGACUCUCAACGUUUAACCUUCUUCUGCUGCUGGAUGACGGGACUCAGGUCCGAGCUAACAGGGAGGCUGUGGCUAGGAGUGAGGGCACAGACGGGGUCAGCUCUGAAUACUUUUGGGCUCUGUUGAGAGGUGGCUUUGGAGAAGCUCAGUGCAAUGCAGAAGAAGCCAUUCACAUCAAAGAUGUCAGCACAGGUAUGCUGCUACCAGUGCUGCAUUACCUGCAUGGAUGUCGCCUCCCCAAGGACACAGAGACGACAACAAAGAGUGAUGAAGGAGAGAGGAGAGGACAGUGUCAGAUCCUGGACAAAUUGGUUCUUGAAGGACUGGGAAUUUGUGAAAAAGAGGGCGAGCAUCACUCAACAGAAGACUUUGGUUUCCAGAAAACAGCUUUAGGAGAGAUGAUGGUUGGAGCGUGCAGAUUCUUGGUGACCGAGCUGCAGAGGGAUUUGGAGAAUCUCUGUGUGUCUCUUCUCUUUUCCUGCUCCAUCAGGGCUGCUAGUCCAGCUGCAUCAGCUCCUGAAGUGGACAAGGCUGGAAAAGCUGCAUCAAAAAUGGACCAAGAAUGUCUCGAGUCUGCUGAGGAGAACCUGGCUAAUCGAACAUCUGAGUUAGAGCUGUCUGGUUGUGAGGUGCAAAGAGAAAAUCUACCAGGAAAGACAAAGAAACCAAUCAGCCCCCUGCACCAGACAGACAGAAAUGUACCCUCUUGUGCUGGAACAGUUCAAAAGUCCAGCAGAGGACUGAAGGACCAUAAGACAAUCAAAAGUGUGACGACAGUUUCCAAAUCAAGCGGUGCAUCAGUGGUGGACAAAUCGCUCAAUACAGAAGAGUUGAGGUUAAGACCAAAGAACUUGAUAAAAAGUUCAGGACAGCAUCUGAAAUCAGCAGCUCAGGACUCUGUUUCUUCCUCAGCAGCUAGUGGAGGAGGGUGGGCUCUGGCUGCUCUCCUCCCACAGGUGUACUGGUUUUCCCAGCGGUACAGCUACCCUGCACUGGGUCGGGCCUGCCUGUCCCUGCUGCUGGGCUGUCAGGACUGUCCUCGGCCCUUCUUCUCCUCCUCCCUUGCUGCAAGUUGCCUUCGCAGAUUUGCCAGAGAAGCCGACUGCACAGAGACUCUGAAACAGGAUCUGCUAAGUCUGGUCACAGCAGCUCUGAGCUGAGCAAGGAGGGAAAUCUAGAGUUUAGGGGUUUGAAUCCAGAGGGCACAGAUGAAGUGAGAGUUGACUGUGGGGCUUGUUUUAAGCUUCUGGAAAAGCUGCUUUUGUUUUAAUUUUAUCAACUGUCUGGAAAGUACAAGUGCAACAACAGCACAAUCACCGUUGAUUUAUUUUCAUGAACUGGACGCAUACAUUUCAAUUUAGUUUUGAUGUAAUCUGAUAUGAGCUGCCAACCGUCCCAGCAUGACAUCAUUGUUUAAUAAUUUACAUUUGUGUUGUGUUUUUUUUUUUUUUAAGUAAAAAAAAAGUCUGAAACACAUUUGAUAAAUGUCAUGUAGCUGGAAGUACUGGAAUAAUCAGGGUUGGUCUAGAAGCCAGUUGUUUAUUUUGUACAUAGAGAUAAUAUGGAUUAGCAGAUAUACAGUGUACAGAUUCCAACUGUCCCAUAUAAAUUUAUGCCACUGAAUAUAUUGUUGGAAAAUCA